AUGGGCUCGACUCGUCUCCCUCUAACGAUUUUGACGCUCCUCUUCUUCCACAUUCUCCUCCCCAUAGCCAAUGCCUCCCCAUCUGUGAUCACCAAGCGCGAGGUGCGCGUCGACGUCAAGGCAGGGACUAUGGGAGCGGGCACCUACCCGCGCGCCACCUACAUCAAAGACAAAUCACUGCUGGGAUGCUUCCGAUCGUACAAGGGCGACAAGCUAGCGAUCGAGACAGUGCGGUCGACUGACAGAGGAAAGACCUGGAAGCCCGUGGGCACGGCGAUCACGGAGCUCAAGAAAGAGUACGGACUGAACAACUGCUACCUGCACCAACUGCCUGACUCGGACCGGAUCCUGCUGGCGUUCCGGAACCCCCAGCGCGACGCGGCAGACACCAAAUACGUCAAGCACAUCAUGCUAGUCUACUCCUCCGAUGACGGCGGCAAGACAUGGGCACCGCUCAGCACGGUGGCCACGACCGAGACCACCGGCCUGGGUCUCUGGGAGCCGUUCAUGAUGGAAGGUCUGGACGGGGACUUGAUGCUGUUUUACUCGAGGGAGACACGCACGGAUGGGAAGGACCAGAAUAGCAUCCUGGUGCGAUCCACAGACGGCGGCAAGACCUGGGGCAAAGAGCAGACGAUUUCCGGCGGCGACAUCCAGAAGCGCGACGGAAUGCUGGGCGUCGCGCGUGUUGCAAAGGGCUCCAAGAAGCUGAUUGCCGUCUUUGAGAGCUUGACGCCAAACACGGGCAUCACGUCCAUUACCUCCGACGAUGACGGCAAGACCUGGGGCAACCGCAAGUUGGUUUACAAGGGCACCAACGGGCCUCCCUCGGAGGCAGCCCCUCAGAUUGUGCGCGUCGGGGAGAAGACUCUCGUCGUUAGUUUCUCGACCUGGGAGGAUGAUCGCGAGGCGGGAAAGUCGAAGCCCCCUAAUGUCAAGGUGGUUGUGAGCACUGACGGAGGAGCUACCUGGGGCCAAAAGACGCUGGUGCACGAGAACUGCCAUUGGGCUGGAGAGGUCGCGGUCGAUGGAAAUAGCUUGCUGGUUAUGUGUGACCACAAUGAUGGGACUUCUGUUUCUAUGCGCGUGAGCAUCCAUUAG